GCUAAACAACCACAUGCCGCACUUUCUCCUUGCUCCCUCGUGUUCCUUGCCACCUCUCCACGACGAUGCCUGUACCUCUCUCGCCAAAGCCUACGAACGUUCAGCAGACGGAUUCAACUGCAAAGCCUAGCUCGAAGGAUGCCCGACGCCAGCCAGAUGCUAAUCAAACCAUUAGGAACAAGAAAGAGGCUGCCCAGCGACCACCCCUCGUAACCAAAGCCGAUUCAGAUCCAGUACAACAGCAGACCACUCCUGCUACUCAAUCCCAAACGAAGAAAUUAGCCAGAAAGUCCAGUAAGCCGUUCAUAAACUGGUUCCAGCGGAAGUUGGCAGGCACAAGGGCGAGGAGAGCUUCAGACGGGGACGCACUGCGUGCUCAGCGCAUUAGCGGCACUCGUUCGCCCAAUUUCAGGGAAAGACGUAGAUCAUCUGUGCCGGUUCCACCACUACCUGCCACACUGGCCAAACAACGGAAUAACAAGAAUGUGAAACAAGUACGACCAGCUAGUAUUGUUACGAGCACUAAACCGAACACCAUAUCAUUGAACGAGGAGGAUGAUUAUAGUAGCGUUACUGACGGCCGUAGGUCAGACUCAGUUGAUCCACGCCGCACGUCCAGUGCUCUGGAUUCAACUUGGUCACCCAAUAGUGUAUACGAAGCGGACGAAGAUGCGUCAAUGCGGCCUAUACCACCUAGCACACCCCCUUCACCUUCACCCUCCCGAUCUUCAUCCUCGUAUCUCUCCGAUCCACGAACGUUCGCUAGUAUGGCGGCGAGCACUAAGCCUACUACGUUGCUUAGCGUUGAUUUGACUGGCGGUAUGGCCCAUAUUGCUCAAGCACCUCCCACUCCAACCAUUCCUACCCACAGACUGGGUGCACAUCUUCGUACACAUUCCAGUGGACCCGGCGGAGGCUCUAUCACCUUCUCAGUGUUGCCGCCGACUACGGCGCCGUCUCGUCCUUCAUCAACCCAGGGCCAUGUCUCAAGUUCUUCUCGUGGCGGAGCGAGCCAUGGGCCUUUACAAGCACCCCAGCAUACCACCCACCAUCCCCGGAAUAAUCCUAGGCCCUCUUCGCCACCAAUGGAUGAUGCAUCUGUGCUCACGCUUGCUUCUUCUGCAUUCGGCAUUCCAGGUCGAGUCGGAGUAGGCGCACUCGCUUUGUCUGGUCGGACCUCAAUAGCGGAUGAUUCUAUCUCACAUUUCAGCCAUCGGCAUGGUCUUGGGGACAGCACGAGUCAUUUCCUGGUUGGUGAUGCAGAUGGAGAAGGUGAUGAUGAACGAUUGUUGGAUGCAGACCGCGAUCUGUUUGGCGACAUCGACGCUAGUGUACGUGCGCUGCGUCCAAGAAGCUCAAGGAGAGGUAGUUGGGAAAGCGAAGCAAGUGGCUGGAGUGCUAGGUUGGGUGGUACGAGCCCAAGCCUAGGUCCCGGGACUCCCAGCGGGUUGAGAGAAAGGAGCCUAUGGACGAAUGGAAGCUAUAGGACUGGUCCCAUAAGCAUUGCGGAGACUGAGGGCAGUUCUUUGACUCAUGCCGAAGGGAGUGCUGAGGAACGGGAAGAGACUGGCGUUGAGCAGCACUAUCACACCAGCCCUCCUUCGGACCAUCUGGCGAACAAUAUGGAACAUCUCUCUAUCACAUCCACCACCGAGACGGAUGAUACUGCUAAGUCAGAUGCUACCGAAGCUCAAGUACCACCAUUGCAACUGCAGGCGCAUGUAUCCGAGGAGAGUGCGUCUACUAAGGAAAAGUCUCUCGAAACACCGAAACGAUCAAAUCUACCUCUCCAGGCUGCCCCGCCAUUGCCCCCAUCUGACGCAACUCCGACUGAGAAACAGGAGGAUGCUGUCGCUGUUCAUUCACACCAAAUUUCCCAAGAUGACCUCCACAGUCUCGCAACCAGCGACAACCAUACGGACACGUUUGUUUCUGCACCAUCUACCCCUUUGCCUUACUGAAAAUACCCUAAUUCAAAUAUUCCCAUAGUCGGCAAGUUUUGUUCUUGUUAUACCAAUAUCUUUACUGACCUUCGAUUAGUAGUAUCUCGUUUAUGUUUCUUUGGUCACGUUUUCUAUUGUCCUCUUUCGUUCAGUCGCAUGAGUUCUGUUUUGGUUCAGGAUCUGCGUUUCGUAUUGCCAAGUAUCUGUGUUUACGAUGGUGCUGCUUGUAUGUGUCAUAUUGUGUCUUAAUGCUGAAGUCGUUCUUGUAUCGCAACAGAAACGAGAUUCGGCGUAUCCUUGCCACGCUCGGUGUACGUCUGCAGCCACCGUAUCUCCCCUUCUCCCUGCAAUUCCUAGUCACCUUCUAAACCUGGUUUCAACACCCUCCGAUCAUUGUGCAUGUGACCGCGUCCGACGUGAUUGCAACGCUGGCGCGUCGACUUCCUCAACCUCAUCAAGGUCAGCAGGGUAGAGUUUAUUUAGUCCAUAACC